UUUAAAACUUAAAAUUUGGCUAUUGCAUGCAAUACAUUUCAAUCGUAAAUACAAACAAUUAAAAUGAAACUCUUACUACAUAAAAUCUGAAGUUUUGCUUAACAAGCAUUUCGAAUGUGGCUCAUGAAUUGCAUUGCAACAUAAUGCGACUUUAUAAAUUUAGAACAUCAGACUUACAUUCGAGUGAAGUUUUGUGAAGUGACACAGUGAGGUUCUGUGGAAGAAAUUCUGGAGUAAAAAUAAGUUAAUUAUUGAUUCGUAAUCCCGCUGAUAUCUUUUAGAAGAAAGGUCAAAAUGUAUUUAUCAUUAAUGAUGAUAACUCUUUGCAUAUCAUAUUCCUACGCAGAAAAUAAUAGCACUACAGAAAAUGAUACUGUUACAAAUAUUAAACCAGCCAUAAAUACAAAAGAACAGCCAAUUGGCUGCGUCUGCGCCGUAUUUUUAAGUGGACAAUUCAAAAAGGGCAGCAAGGAGCAACCUAAAGGAUAUCCUGCACUCCUUCACGAACAUCCUGAUUCAUUUUCAUGUAGCAUCAGUGGGAACAAACUUUGCAUCAACAAAUGUCUGGAAGUAAUAGUGAAAUAUUUACCAAAAAGUUCCACAAUUCUCUGUGCUUCUAUAGAUCGCGAUUGUUACAAAGAAAGGGCUUAUCUCUUCAUCAAGAAUUGCAAAGACGAAUGGAUAAAUACGAAUCUGUCGGCCGGUAGAGAGUAUUGCUGCAAAAAUGGCACAUCAUACAAAUGUUAACUAACUUGUAUUUGUAGGAUAACAUUUUUAUACCACGAUUGUAAUUUGUAAUUCUGACAAUUUAAACAUUUUCUAAUAAAUAUGUAGACUUAA